GAAGAUCGUGGGUUCGUUUCCCGCCAUGUGACGAAGUGUCCUUGAGCAAAAAAUAGUUUAGCACCAUUGGAAGGUGAACUUCAAACAAUUCUUGGAAUGACUCUAAAGUUCAAACACGCUUUGAUUCUUUCAGAAGGAGGCAAAUCAAACGACCCCCUCACCACCACCCCCUUAAAGCCCCUCAUUCACAUGCAAACACCCCCCUCCUGACCCACUCCCCCUCAGGCUGCAGCAUCAACGGUUCUCCCUCUGUCCCAUCUGCGUCCUGACAGACGGACAGCCUCUAACGGCUCUCCGGGUUCGAACCCUCCACGCGGGAGCAGCGAUGAGCGACACGCGCGGAGCAGACGGAGGUCCGUCCGACAGGAAGAUGAGGAAACCUCUGGUGGAGAAGAAGCGACGGGCCCGAAUCAACGACAGUUUACACGAACUCCGGCUCCUCGUCGCGGACGCUGACUUACAAUCAAAGAUGGAGAACGCGGAGGUGCUGGAGGUGACGGUGAACCGAGUAGAAAACAUCCUGCAAAACCGAGAUCGAGAGGUGGACGCUGUAAACCGAGAGGCGUCCGAGCGUUUUGCCGCUGGCUACAUCCAGUGCAUGCACGACGUGCACACGUUCAUGUCCGGCUGUCCGGGGAUCGACCACGGACUGUCUGCGGAGCUGCUGAACCACCUUCUGGAGAGCUUGCCCCUGAACGAGCAGAAUUUGGUACCUGACGCUGGCCGUGACAGCUCUUGCGCGCCGCGUGACGGACUGCACAUGGCCGGGGUGUCCCCUUCACCCUCUGCCUCCUCCGCGGAUGACCUCAGCUCGGAUCUGGAUGAAACAGACUCGGAGAACAGUCAACGUUCCAACUCAGAGGAGGGAAGGGAGAGCCACGGUGUCCUGUGGAGACCGUGGUAGAGCAGGUCAAACCUGUUUUUGGGAUAGUGUGUGACAUUUUGUUAAGCUAGAAAUAAGCUAUUUAAUAAAUAUAUUCAUGUAACGGAAAUACCUAAAAGGUAUCAAAGUAUUUGUAAAUAUGUAUAAGACAAUAGCUGUCCCACUAACCUAAGUUAUUCUCUGCCUGACGACUUUUAUUUAUAGACGACCCACCAGCUCUGCUUCGUCCCCUUCAAUAAAUAACUUUCUAACAAA